AUGACUUGGGUUUGGCUGUGGACGGUGCUCCUGUCAAUCUGCUUGAGAUGCUGCGAAGGGACAGGCAGCUGCAAGCAGAUUGGCUGUGGCGGGCAUGAUGAGACUUGCUGGUGUGUGGAAUCUUGUUGGAGUUUCAAUGACUGCUGUAGUGACUUUGCUUCAGUAUGUCCUGAAGAGCCUGAGAUUUCCUUGGGAGAAAUCAACCUCUUGGUGACCACCGAUUUACAUUCCUGGAUUGAAGGAAGAAGACAUGAGCCUCAUUUCGAUGCCACUUUGGGCCACGUCACCUCUGCACUAAACCAUUUGCGGGAAAUGGCUCGCAAAGAUCGGCGUGAUGUAUUCUUCUUCGACAAUGGAGAUAUCAAUGAUGGGACAGGUCUUUCAGCCUCAGCACCAGAUCAUGUGACCUUCCUCGCUCCUAUUUUGCAAAAGGUCCCCUAUGAUGCCUUGAACAUCGGGAACCACGAGUUGUAUCAGCGGAAUGGCUAUGGACUUCUUCCUGGGCCCGCCUGUCCCAUUGUAGGGCUGAAGGAGUCGGGGUACAUUGAUUCAUGGGAAGGUCGAUAUUUGACUUCCAAUGUGGUUUGGUCCACCAACUUGAAGCCGGUGGGCGAUCGCUAUGCCGUGAUCUCUGGGGAGUUCGGCCGACGCGUCUUAGUCUUCGGGUUCUUGUACAAUAUGGAGGAUCAUUGUGAUGCUGUUGAGGUACAGAAAGUUGAAGAUGUGGUGAAUUCCAGUUGGUUUCAAGCUGCCUUAGAUGAACCUCACGAUGCCGUCGUAGUCUUAGCCCACAUGGACUAUCGAGAUGACCUGGUGGAAGUGCUCCACAGCGCCAUCCGACAACGAGUAGGGCCUCAAACGCCAAUCCAAAUCCUGGCAGGGCAUUCACACAUCAGAGGUUACAGGCAGCUGGAUAACUAUUCGUCGGUGUACGAAGCGGGUUGCAAGCUCGACACAGUGGGAUUUGUGUCCUUCAAGAAAAGUGCCGAUGGCAAUGGCUUGGACUUUGAACAUGCGAACAUCACUGGGAAUGUGAAGGUCAUGGCAGGUGCUCUGCACAUGCCGUGGUCCUUCUACAUGCAAAAAGUGAUCCCAGACACCCUCUUCGAUUCACCCAAGCAAUUCGCCAUAGUGGGGACCGGUGCUUUGACCUAUGAUAUUUAUCCAGGAACUUUUACAGUGGAUGAUGCUUACAAGGCCUCGCCAUAUGGGAAUGUGUGGUUGAUCCUUGAAGAGAUCUCGGGUGAACAUCUCGCCCGGCUUCUGGAAGAGCUCAAUCACCACACGCGACGGCACCGCGACGCGCCCGCACGGCACCCCAGCGAUCGUGUCACGGCGACGGUUCCGUCCUAUGCCAGCUCGGGCGUUCCGAGCCCAUCGAGGGCCUAUGACCUGAUCUUCUGCGACUUCGACCUGGAUCCAAUUCGGCAACAUUUAAAGCCUCUAGUUGGGCACGAACUGCAACCAAGGCUUUACAAGCCACCCCUGAACACCUCCAGUGUGUUGGAGGAGUGGUUCAAGAAGCAACCGUGUGCGCCGGACUUUCGAGAGGGUGUCAUGAGUGCCGAGGAAUGCAUUGCGGAGGGCAACCUCGGUGAUGUGCAGGCAUUGCGCCAGCAGUUGCAUGACUUGCGAGAGGAUGCUUUUGACGAGGCGAAGGAGGACCAAGAAACUGUGAGCCACCUGGAGCGGAUGAGUGGCGCUGCCAAAGAAGCCGCUGCAGCGGUCAGCGACGUCACCGACGCCGCUGCUCGGGAUGCCUUCUUGGUCACGUGGCGGGAGCGACUUUCCAGUUCUGCAAAGGCGUGGCGUCACCGGCGUCAUGACGGACGUGUAGACCCCGCUACGCUAUCACAGGCGGAGCUGGAGGAGCAGGAGAGGGCAAUUGGUUUAGAUUAG